UUCCCGCGAUGUACCUACUACCUGGUAGUCUACUCCUGCUGAUCUUUAGCUUCAGCCCGAGGUUAAGUUGCCUGCAGUUGAGCAAGUGCAACAAUACUGAGGUGACCUUAAUACGGAAUACGGAGCUCUUGACGUCACUCACCUUGAGCAACUGCACGCUGCCGCAUCUGGAAAAUGGAUAUUUCGUGCGGUUUGAUCACUUGCUUCACUUGGAACUGCAGCACAGUGGACUGACUGAUUUAGAUGAUUUUUCGCUGAAUGGCUUGACAAAGUUACAAUAUCUUUCGCUGUCCCACAACAAUCUGAGCAGUCUGAGAUCCUGGUCCAGUGAGCCUUUGGGAGCAUUAACCAAUUUGGAUUUGAGCCACAACAGGUUGAGCAAACUGAGUGUCAAGAGCUUUGAGCUAUAUCCCCAGCUGCAACAGCUUGACUUGCGUUACAAUCAGAUCAGUCAAAUAGAGAACAACUCCUUUGAGGGAUUAUCUCAUUUGAAGCAUCUUUAUCUGAACGGAAACCAACUGGCGCACAUAGAUGGUAGUUUCUUUCGGGGUCUCCAUCGCCUAUCCAGUUUAUCACUGCAGCACAAUCGCAUUGAGUUCAUAGAAAUGGAUUCCUUUGAGGGUAAUACCCAUCUUCGAAGUCUACGGCUGGACCAAAAUCUCCUGAGCAGUCUUCAGUUUCUCAGUCAACGAGGUCUGGCUCGACUGGUUCACUUGAAUCUUUCGAGUAAUCUGGUACAAAAAGUGGAGCCAUUUGUAUUUUCCAAAAACUUUGAGCUGCAGGACCUGGACUUGAGUUAUAAUAAUAUAACUAAGCUCAACAAGGAAGCAUUAUCGGGAUUGGACUCUUUGGAGCGUUUCAACAUAAGUCAUAACAAUGUGGAUAAAAUAUAUGACGAAAGCCUGGACUCCUUAGUCGCUCUUCUUCAUGUGGAUAUUAGCUUCAACCUUUUGACCACACUGCCAGAUACUUUAUUCCAUUUCAACACUCAACUGAAAGAGAUUGUCCUUGCUGACAACAAAAUAGCAGAGAUAUCCUCACAGACGAUGAUCAAUCAAAAUCAUUUAAGAUACAUUAAAUUGUCGGGAAAUGCAAUCAGUGAUGCCACUUUCCUCGACAGGCUUUCUCCCUCGGUGAAUCGUUUUUCUCUCUACGUGGAUCUCAGUUCAAAUCGCCUCAAAUCGGUGAACCUCAGCAGUCUUAUUAAUUUUCGCUAUAUGAACCUAGCGGAUAAUAAAUGGAGCUGCAAUUGGUUGGUGGCUAAUUUGGUGCGAAAACUACCAGCCUCUGUUAACUUCGCUCGUCCCUGGACUGUAAUCAAUAAUUGGAGUGAAAAUACCACCAAUAUUGAGGGCAUAGACUGCAUUGAAGACGGCAGUAAUCGAUCUAUAAUAUUGCUGGAUGUGAGUGGAGUGCCGCAACCAAAAUCAGAUAAUUGCAAUUGUGGGGUGGCCUAUGAUGAGACCAAUCCUUCACCUCCACCGCUCACCUGGCCGAAGAUACCCACGGAUCGCUUUGAUUCACGAUCGGUGAUCAUCUGGAUGCUGGUGGCCAUUGCGAUAGCUUUUGCAGGACUCCGCUGGUUGCGACGCUUCGUGGAUCGCAAUGAGAAACGUAAUCUGGGCCAAAAGAUGCUGCAUAAUGUGUACGUCAGCAAAGUUCAGUGGCAGCCCAUCAGAACCGAUCCCGAACCGAGAUCGUAGCCCACUUUAAAAAUAAUAUGAGCAACGUUUU